CACGAAAUGUCUCAUACAAACUUAAAAAAAGUCAUCUUUCUCUCCACAGAACUGUCGCAAGACCUGAGGCAAGAAUUCCUUGUCUGCUGUAGAUUCCCAGUUAUACUCCCCGUCUGUCUGCCCGGUGAGUGAGAUCUUCAGCCAUGACCUGGCAACACGGACUCUUCGGUUGCUUCGACAACAUCGGCUUGUGUUUGAUCGCCUACUUCGUACCCUGCUACCAGCUAGGCAAAAACGCAGAAAAGGUGGGCGAUAACUGCCUGCUGUGUGGCCUCUCCUUCCUACUCCCCCCAGCCAAUGUGGUGGCUCAGUUCAUUGUCCGUGGCAAGAUCCGGGAAAUGAAAGGGAUCGAGGGCACCGUUGUGGAGGAUCUGCUCAUCGUGUUUUGCUGCACCUGCUGCGCCCUGGUACAGGAGGCCCAGGAGUUGGAAGAGCCAAGUGCCGCCUACGUCGAGAGGUCAUGAUUUCAACCUUAUGACCCCUCAUCACGACAACUGCUUGCAACUCAUCGAUGUGUUCCGAUGUCAAAGACAUUCCUUAAUUAUCCACCUUGACCUGUAGAGCAACAGCUUUUGGACUCUUGUAUAACCAAGCUAGAAACUGUUUUCUUCUUUUAGCUAGAAGCCUGUCCGGAAUGACCAAUGUAUAUCAGUGUUUUCGAAACUGAACUUUACUAAAGAUUGUAUACAAACAAGAUGGUUCACUUCACAAAAAGUGUCGUUGACGCGCCAAAAGAUCGACUAUUUUCUGUAAGGUUCAGACAUACGCCAUUUUUACAAAUGAAUCCCACACUGAGCAGUCGAGAUUUAGCUACCCACGUCGUUUUGAAAUUUUGUCUCUUUUCUCGAGGAGAGAAGAAGUCCCUCUUUAAAUUGGCUAGUGUUACUCCGUACUGCGACAAGCCGGGUGUUUGUAAACUGUUUUCAUCACCUCUAACCUCCCGAGUAGGGGAUGUAAAUGAUCGUCCCUUUCCUUUUACUCUGAAGCGAGGCAAAAACCAAUGUUGUGGAGCAAUAGCUUGCUACAUUUUUUAAAAGCUGCUGCUCGGUAUGUCUAUUCUUUUUUAUCGAUUCCUCAAAGAUAUGGAGAUGUAAACAAAUGGCCACACAUCGACUCAGUUCGCUGCUCCUCAUGCAAUAAUAAUUAGGCAGAACUGUUGUAAUUUGUCAAAAUAACAAUAUAAACUAGAUUUAAGUCCAGAAUUCGAUUCAAACUAACAAAUAGUAGUAGUAGAUUUGUCUUCAAAUCUAUAUCAUAUGGAUCAAGAUACGAUAUCGUUCUGCAAACCAGCAGCAACCUGUAAGACAUUCAGUCUUAAUUAUUAUUAUUAUCGAACCAAAUCAACUAAGUCAAGAGUGACUGAACAACGUUACCCCUUUACAUUUGCUAUACCUCCUAAAUCGGGUGCUCUUAAAAGACGUGCCUUUUAGUAGGUGAUGUUACCUGAUCUUUGGAAACAGGGUUGAGGUUUUGUUAUUGCUGUUGUGUUUUUUUAAAAUUUGUUUUGCUUUGUUUCUUUUUUGUUGUUGUUGGGUUGUUGCUUUUUUUUGGGGGGGGGUGUUUCGUUUUGUUGGGUUUUGGUGUUCUGUUGUUGUUGUUGUUGUUGUUGUUGUUGCUGUUGUUGUUGUUGUUUUCGUUGUUGCUGUUUCAUGUUCCUCAAAUAGAGAAUUGAACCAAAUUGACGUAUGCAAUCUUGGACUUAACGUAACCUUGCAUAAAAAUGUAUCGUAGUCUCUUUUAUAAUUCCUUAAUGUCUUGUCUUGUGAGUUUCGUUUCCAUUUCUGUUCCAUGUUUUAGCUUUUCUAUUUCAUUUGUUCAGAUCUGUUUCUUUGGUUUGAAUAAAAAAAUAUCUGAUACUA